CUGGCAGCCCGGCCGGUUCCGCAUUCCCGACCCCUCCCCGCAGCGCAGGGGCUGCUAUAUAAUAGGGGCUGAUGCAACCCACCCAGCCGUCCGGCACAGCCUGCGAGAGGGGCCAAGCGGCUGGCGGUGAAGGCGGGGCUGCUGCGACCCAGGCGUGCCCGCGGCCGCAGGAAGGAUCGGUCCCGGGACCAGGCUGAGAUCGGCACGGCGGGCCUGGAGGGAGAAGGCGAGAGUCGCUCCCGGCGCUGGGCGGCGGCGGCGGCGGCGCUGGAGGAGCUGAGCGUGCGACUCGGCUCCCGCUGCAGCCGGGCCCCGGGGGCGCCUUUUCCGUCCCUCCGGGUGUGGAAUUGUGUAUCUUGCUAUGAUGCCAGGGCAGAUUCCAGACCCAUCCUUGACAGCUGGCGCUCUGCCUGGCCUUGGCCCUUUGGCAGGGUUACCUGGUACUACCUUGACAGCAGAGGAACUGAAGUAUGCCGACAUUCGCAGCAUUGGGGCCAUGAUCUCACCACUACAUUUCCUGGAGGUGAAACUGGGCAAGAGGCCUCAGCCAAUGAAAAGUGAGCUAGAUGAGGAAGAAGAAAGGAGGAAAAGACGCAGAGAGAAGAACAAAGUGGCAGCUGCUCGAUGUCGGAACAAGAAGAAAGAGAGAACUGAAUUCCUGCAGCGGGAAUCUGAGCGCCUGGAACUCAUGAAUGCUGAGCUGAAGGCACAGAUAGAAGAGCUAAAGCAGGAGAGGCAGCAGCUGAUUUUGAUGCUGAAUCGCCACCGUCCCACCUGCAUUGUUCGGACAGAUAGUGUGAAAACACCAGAGAAUGAAGCCAAUCCAUUGCUGGAACAGCUUGAGAAGAAAUGAAAUAAAACACAUGGUGGGCAAGGCGUUGCACAAACAGGGUCUCUGAGAGUCUCUCAUCUAAUUACUGUAUGACAAACUGUGCACUGUCAAGAUUAGUGCAGUCAGGACUAAGGAGCUUCCUUAAAGAUUGCACAUUCCAGAUAAAGGAAGAGAAGGAUCAAUGGAACACUGAAGUGGGAAGCUUCCUUUGCCACUAAGAGGUCAGCUUGAGUGGAUAUGGUGGCCAUUGUGAAGGCUUUGCUGGUUGUCCUUGCAGUACUUCAAGGACUGGAAAAUCUGUGGAAAAAUUUGUGGAAAAUCUUUAAGCAGCCCAUUACAGGCCUGCAUUCCAAGCCUGGACACUGGGAGGGUAGCAUCAUGGUUCUUGCUACUCCUCUUCUCACAGCGAAUGGUUGAGAGUUAGUAGGGAUUAAGUGGAAGCCAUCAACAGGCAAAACUGGGCAGACAAUAGUUCUUGUAUCCUCCCCAUUUAGGACCUGUCAUGUGCUAUCUCCUUCCUUCCUUCCUUCCUUCCUUCCUUCCUUCCUUCCUUCCUUCCUUCCCUCCUUCCUUCCUUCCUUUCUCUCAGUGUCUCUCUCUCUUUCAGAACCAGAAACCAAGAAUGGCAAACACUUGACACAAGUCCUGCCUCAUUGCUGGGCCUGUCUGUGGCACUGUGGCGCAGGCGCCCCCACAAGCAUACCCUCAGUAUAAUGUUUACAGCCCAGCUGUCCAGAGGCCAUGCUUUUAAAAUGCACAUUUUUACAGUUUUUAAAUAUUUUUUUAUAAAAGUUUUAUACAGCCUCUAUACGGAUUUAUAUAAUCACUUGAUGUGAUCCAAUAGAAAUGUAUGUUAUUAUGGUCUUUGUUACAAAUAUAUAUGCGGCAGUUAUCUCCAUUGUGUUAUUUGUUUGGUGGUAUCCAGUCCUUUCCCUCGGCAUGCUGGGAAAAGGGCCCUGUGCCUUUAGUCUGGCUGCACUGCCAUGUCCAUCCAUGUACGUCCUUCAUAAUAUUCAGUCCUGUAUCAGUAAAUGUUAACUUUUACUUA